AUGGAAACUAGGACUGACAUAAGUGAGAUUGAAUGGAUGACUGGGAAGAGGAGAUAUAUUGCUACCUUUGAUGAGUUUGCUGAAGCAAAUAAGAUAAACAAUGGGCUCCUGACACACUCCAUUGAUCUUGAUGAAGAAGAUGCAUUGCCUGUGGAUUUGUGGAGACAAUUCUAUGAGCCUGUGCCAGAGAAUCCAAAUAACCCUCACAAAAUUGGACAUCCAAGGAGAUUAAGGCAUCAUCCUGCUCUAGUCAACAAGAUUGCAUGA